CCUAAUAAAACUACAAGUAAAUACCACACACGUAGGAUAUGGGCGGCGCGUGUGAUAAUUUUUUUUUGCUCUUCACGGCUAGUAGUAUAAGAGGAGGUACUCUUAUUAUGUGUCUGUGAAAUACGAGGAAGGCGAUGAAGAUGAUGAUGAUAAGCUCAAGUACGACCAAGAUGGUGUCAAUGGCGACCCGAGACUACUUCUACUUUCUAUCCUCCAUCACCACCACCACCACCACCACCACCACUUCCUCUCUCACCCACUUCCGCCCUCUAACCUGCGCCGCCACUCCCACGUCCUCAUCUUCUUCUCCUGCUCCUCGGCUGGUGCCACACCCACCUGACCUCAUCAAUUGGGUCAGAAGAGAAGGGGGUUUUGUGCACCAGGCUGUGAAGAUAUCACAGGUUGAUCUCUACGGUCUUGGGUUAGUGGCCUCUGAAGAAAUCCCAAAAGGGUCUGACCUGAUUGCCCUCCCUGACCACAUACCCUUGCAGUUUGGGUCCCUUGAAUUGGACGGCGGAGAUGCUGCUCAUUCUGUAUUGGUCAAUUUGGCCCGUCAAGUUCCUGAGGAGCUGUGGGCUAUGAGACUUGGUUUGAAGCUGCUGCAAGAAAGAGCAAAGUCAGGUUCCUUCUGGUGGCCGUACAUCAGUAACCUUCCAGAAACCUACAGCAUACCCAUUUUCUUUCCCAGAGAGGAUAUAAAGAACUUACAGUAUGCUCCUCUUCUUUAUCAGGUAAACAAGAGAUGCCGCUUUCUGCUUGAAUUUGAGAAAGAAAUCAAACAAGCACUUGAAAAUUUGAAACCAGAGGAUCAUCCUUUUGGAGGCCAAGACGUAGAUUCCUCCUCCUUAGGAUGGGCAAUGUCUGCAGUCUCAUCCCGGGCAUUCCGCUUGUAUGGAAAGGAACUCCCAGGUGGAACCCACAUCAAUGUACCCAUGAUGCUUCCACUCAUUGAUAUGUGCAAUCACAGUUUCAGUCCGAAUGCCAAAAUUGUACAGGAAAGAAAUACCGGGAACCCAAAGAUGCUAGUAAAGGUUGUGGCGGGAACACAGAUCAAACAAGAUGAACCUUUAGUACUUAACUAUGGUUGUUUGAAUAACGAUUUUUUCCUUUUAGAUUAUGGUUUUGUCGUACCCUCAAAUCCCUAUGACUGCAUUGAACUCAAGUAUGACGGAGCACUUCUGGAUGCUGCAAGCAUGGCUGCUGGGGUUUCAUCCCCCAACUUCUCUUCACCAGCUCCGUGGCAGCAGCAGAUUUUGUCCCAGCUAAAUUUAGACGGAGAAGCUCCUCUUCUCAAGGUGAGUAUAGGCGGUCCCGAAUUAGUGGAAGACCGGUUGUUGGCAGCGUUAAGAGUACUCCUUGCAGAUGACAUGGAAAUGGUAAAGCAUGAUUUGAGUACGCUGAAGUCGUUAUCAGUGGAAGCCCCUCUCGGAAUAUCAAAUGAAGUUUCUGCUUUACGCACUGUUAUUGCUUUAUGCGUAAUCGCACUUGGUCACUUCCCCACCAAAAUAAUGGAGGACGAAUCCAUAUUGAAACAGAGGGUUUCGGUUUCAACAGAAUUAGCCGUGCAGUUCAGAAUACAGAAAAAGUCCACGAUCAUCGAUGUGAUGAGAGAUCUCACUAGGAGGGUGAAAUUACUCUUGUCAAAGGAAUCGGUCAGUGCAUGAGGUUAAGCUCCAAUUCUGCCUGAUGUAAGAGUCUACAAAAAUACCCUUGAUCAUUCCUAGAUGCCUCAUUGUUGCCAAAUGGUCCUUUACCGAUCCCUCUUUUUUUUUUCUUUCUUUUUUUUCUUUUUUUUUUGCAGCUUGGUCAUUAUUGUUUUCUGGCAUUAUUGUAUUUUUGUCUUCUUUUUGGAGUAAAUUUUUUGAAGUUUUGGCUGUAUUGUUUGGUUGCUGAGAACCCAUGCUCAUUUAUGUUUUUCCAUAGAAGUUACAUAUAAGUUUGUUUA